AUGUCGCCUUCCAAGUCUUCGCCCGCUGCUGCUGCUGCUGCCACUGCUGUUCGCGGUGACAUCGAAUUGACCUCCAAACGACACGCCCGCUCCGUUUCCAGUCCUGAUCCUCCCAAGGUACCCAAGGGUCGUCGCCAGAGCCUCGCCGCCCUGUCCGAUUCGCAAGGUGCGUACGCGUCCACUCGCCCGGAUACCCGUUCGAGCAGGUACUCGACCACCCAACCAUCGCAAGCCAACUCAGUCCAGAAUGCAAAGGACGCCAAAGACGCCAAAGACACCAAAGAUCCCCCCAGAGCGUCAUCUCCUAGCCCACCUGCAAAUGCUGGCCUCGACCCAUUAAGCACCCAAAUCUACCUACGAACCAACAGCAAUCCCGCCGAGCCUACCAUCGCCCAGCGUCUCCGAAACCCAACGGGACGACCUGACAGCCCUGCCGUCGACAAUUCCCAAAAACAGAGCUCCGACCUUGGCAAGACGCCGAAUGCUCUCCUGGAUCUGAGCAAAGAGCGAAGGAAGGGACCUUCGUUCUUAAGCCGAUUGGGUAUGCGUAGUAGCUGGAAGAAGGACGACGAUGUGCACGACUCUGACUCGGAACUGGGCGACCUGCGCACAGAUGGAACCAAUGCUCAGGCUCUCACAUCCGUCAUUGGCGCGGGAGGUGGUUACAUCCCGCUCUACAAGGAACCCCCUCGAUACAUCCGAGUCAAGGCGCAUAACAAGAAGGACCGCGAGUUUAACCACCUCUUCCUGGCCCAGGAGCUCAUGGGCAGCAAGCGAUCUACCGCGCCGACGCAGGGUCGCGCCCCGGCGACAGCGGUAGGAAGCAAAAUCCUAAAAGGAGGCGACGCCAUUUGGGCCGCCGAAUUUAGUCUGGAUGGCCGGUACCUGGCCGUUGCGGGCAAAGACCAAAUAGUGCGCGUCUUUGCAGUGAUAUCGACGCCUGAGGAGCGCAGGGCGCACGAGGAGGAAGAAGCCCAGAAUGGAACUACUGGAGAGAGACUUAGCGCCCCUGUCUUUCGAAAUAAGCCUGUCCGGGAGUUUUACGGACAUACCGGCGAGGUCCUGGCUUUGAGCUGGAGCAAGAAUAACUUUCUUCUUUCGUCCUCCAUGGAUAAGACGGUACGACUCUGGCACAUGUCCCGGAAUGACUGCCUGUGCACCUUUAAGCACAAAGACCUGGUCACGUCGAUUGCUUUCCACCCCACCGAUGACCGCUUCUUCUUGGCCGGAUCCCUGGACGCACAGCUGAGGCUUUGGAGCAUCCCGGACAGGACAGUGGCAUUUGAAGCGAAUGCUGGGGAGUUUAUAACCGCAGUCGCAUUUACCCCGGAUGGAAAGAUGGCCAUUUGUGGCGUGUUGAGCGGCAUGGCCACGUUUUACAUCACUGAGGGCCUCAAGUUGAGGUAUCAGAUCCAUGUCCGUUCGUCAAGAGGCAAAAACGCCAAGGGAAGCAAGAUUACUGGCAUCCGGACACUGACGGUACCCGCCGGCCCGGACAAGGGACAAGUUAAGGUCCUCAUCAGCUCCAAUGACUCCCGUGUGCGAGUCUACAACCUCAACGACAAGGUGAUUCAGGUCAAGUACAAGGGAUUGGAGAAUCAGUCAAGCCAGAUUCACGCUCGCUUCAGUGAUGACGCCGAGUACAUUGUUUGUGGCAGCGAGGAUCGCAAGGCCUAUAUCUGGAAGCUCAACUCUUCAGAAAGCGAACUCAAGGACAAGCAACCUUACGAGUCAUUCGACGCUCAUCCCGAAGUCGUCACAACGGCUCUGAUGGCACCUACAAAGACCCGCCUCUUGCUCAGUGCGUCGGGAGACCCAGUCUACGACCUGUGCAAUCCGCCCCCUGUCAUGUUGCGCAGUCUGGAGGAAAGCACAGCAAGCCAAACGGCCCUUUCGGAAGCCGAGGAUGAGAGCAGUGACGCACCAUCCGUCGUCGUAAAACGGCCCGAGGAGACGCCCGCGUAUCUUGAACGUUCGAAGCACUGUGACGGUCAUAUUGUUAUCACCACUGACAGGACGGGCAAGAUCAAGGUCUUUCGGCAAGAUUGCGGCUAUGCCAAACGACAACAGGGACUUUGGGAGUCGGGAUCCAAGUUCUCGGGCAGGAUCGCAGGAGUCGGCCGCAGUGGCAGUGUCAUCACUAGAACGAGCCAAGGCAGCCGUAUCCAAUCGAGGCGUGGCUCUCUCAACAUUGGAGGCCCCAACCCAGUCCAACUUCAGCAUGCGUCGGACAGAAUCAACAGUUGGCGGCAAGACAUUGAUGAAGGAAACGCGAGUUGGCAUGGAACGCCGACUAGGAGUGAACGAUCCAUGUCCCCCACCAAACAAAGCCGCUCGCCAAUCAACACCUCGGCGGUCAAUAUUGCCUCGGAGGCUAGGAGACAACCGUACACCUCGAGUCCUGCUGGUCGCAGUCAAAACAUUACAAGCCCAACUGGCAGUAUGCGGUCGCGAACGACGUUGAUGUCAACGAGAGACCAAGAUAAGAAUGGCGGUCUGAUGAGCCCUCCGACGCCGAGCUUCAGUCUGAUCAGCGCCGAUUCCGAUGGCAAGGACGACAAAGGAGAAGGCAGGUUCUGGAAUCUCAGCCGUUGGAAAGGACUUCCAAGCCUGCGUUACUCAACAGUCAUGGAAUCUCCUCCCAGCAGCAACGGAUCACCAGCGCAAGGGGGCCAUACUCGUUCGGGCAGCGAAUAUUUGAUGCCCAGAGAUAAGGCCGCUGGACGCAUGAGCCUGGGAGUGGCGGACAUUAAUAGGCUCAGGAGUGAGGAGUUGACCAACCGGCGGAGGUCUGCAGGGCCCCUAUUGUCAUCAAAGCUGUCGCAGGACAGUCCUAAGAAGGGUACGUUUGAGACUAGGGAGUACCUCAAAUCUUCGAAUAAGAAACGGGUGGACUCGGGAGUUGGGCGGAUGAGCGCCGAGUUGACGGAUUCCAGCUAA